AUGUUCACUCUCUUGCUUUCAACCAUUCUUCUCGCUAUUGCUAGCGCUCGUGCAGAGUCGCACACCGUCCACUUCACAAACAACUGUGGUUUUGGAACACCGAUGCUCAUUCAAGGACCGAAUGUCCUGUCUACUGGUGGUGACUUCACUAUUGGUGGUCCCCUCGAGGGCGCUAUUGCAUACUUGCAGACAGGGGGAUGUGGUUUCAAUGGCGAGAACUGUGUCAUCGUCGAGACCACCUUAAAGAACCCAACUUCGCCUGGCUCAGGCUCUAGCACUGACAUCUCACUCAUCCCUCCCCAUACCUUCUCUGUUACCACCGGAUUUGGCUAUUUCAACGGAUGCGAUGGCUCCGGAACUGACUGCACGGAUGAGAACUGCUUCGCGUUCCACCAGCCGAGCGACACGUUCGCUCAGAUCGCUUGCCAGUCGAACGAUGUUGACCUCGCUAUUACUUUCUGUGAUUAA